CGUCACCGCCGGAUGCGUGGUUCGUAUAAAAAGACGAGGUUUGGAAUAGGUGGACAGUUAGUUUUCGUACUCUAGCGCAACAUUCAAACAAACAUGAAGUUUUUGGUUCUUGCCGCCUGCGUUGCAGUCUCUGCUGGUCAGCUUGUCACCUACCCCAACGGAGCCGUUGUCCCCGCUGAUGAGCCCGCAGUUGCCGCUGCCCGUGCCGCUCACCUUGCCACCCACACUGGGGUAGUCUAUGCAGCUCACCCCAACGGAGCUCUGACCUAUGCCAAUGGAGUUUACCCCACUGCCGCCUAUGCCUACGCCGGAUACCCCACUGGAUAUGCCUACGGAGGACUUGUUGCCCACCCCAACGGUGCCGUUGUCCCCGUUGAUGAGCCUGCUGUCGCCGCUGCCAAGGCCGAGCACUUUGCCGCUCACGGAUACCCCUAUGCCGCUGCUGCAUACCCCUAUGCUGCUGCUGGAUAUCCUUAUGCCGCCUACGCUGCCGGAUACCCUUACGGAUACUCUGGACUGGUUGCCCACCCCAAUGGCGCUGUAGUCCCCGUUGAGCCCGCUGACGUCCAGGCUGCCCGUGCUGAACACCUUGCUGCCCACGCCUCUGCUUAAAGAACCAAAUAGUCUGUUUACGUGAAAAAUAUUUAUUUUACACAAACUGUUGCGAGUUUUGUACGAAAAAAACCAAUUCUGAAAAUUACCUGAAUAAAGAUGCUAGUCUUUUGAA